AUGCCCUACUUCUCCCGGAACCCCUCCUUCAACCUCUUCUACCUAGACGAAGGCCCCCGCACGGCAUCCCACACAGUCCUCCUCAUCACAGGCCUCUCGUGCGAAAUGCACGACUGGUCCUGGCAGGUCCCUUUCCUCCUCUCCCACAACCUCCGCGUAAUUUCCAUCGACAGCCGCGGCCAGGGCAAAUCCUCCGCCCCGGCGCCGGACCCAGAAAUCCCCGAAGACAUGCUCGCGCUGCUAUCUCACCUCGGCAUCACCAAGAACCUUAUCGUUGUCUCGCACUCCCUAGGUGAAGCGGCAGGGUACUACAUCGCCACCACCCAUCCAAACCUCGUGAAAGCGUCCAUCGGCGUAGAUCCCAUCCACGCCUUCCCCAACGCCGUUCGCGAACGCGACACCUACCUCUUCAAUGGCCCCGACGCCCAGGACAAGAUCAUCCCGACCCUCAUCGAGUUCUUCGGCACGUACUGCUACUCUCCCGAAUGCCCAGCGUGGCAAAAGACGUGGCACCUCCGCCGCAUGGCACAGUUCGACAAGGCCGUCAUGUACGCGCUCUGCUGGGGCGGCUGGGGCGACGCGGAGAGCCUGGGCAGGCAGGAGAACGCAGUCAAGGCCUUUGCGGGAAAACUAAAGUGCCCGCGCCUGACGCUGGGUUCGAACGAUUGGUAUGUUGGCACUGAUCGUGAUCAUCUGCCGAAAGGUGACGAGGCGCUGGAUGAGAUUGUGGUGAUCGAGGGCAAGGGCCACUGGUUUCAUCAGCUCGAGAGCGAGGAGUUUAAUGGGCACCUGGAAAGGUGGUUUCAAAAGAUCGGCGUGCUGCCGGCGGUAGAAGCAGGCGCGGCGUCAUGA